AUGAAGGAGCCGUUCUGCCUGACUAAACCGACGGUCAUUUGCGACUGCAAGCGUGUGGGACCCCCAUGCCCCAAAGAUGACGAUGAGCAAGACGCAAUCAAGCUAAAUCGACAAGCAGCAGCCACGAAAGCUCGCCGUGACCGGCAGCAACGGUACCGGGAGAAGCAGCGACAGUAUGUCAAUUCUCUCGAGACUACAGUGAAACGUCUUCGGAUGGAUGUGGAUCAGCAGCUACAUGCGCGUCACCAUGCUCAGAGAAUCCACGAAUACUUCGCUAAUAUGCCAAUUAGACCGAUGACACUAACGGCGUCAAGCGUUAUCACGUGCAUGCGCGAGUGUAUGAAGACAUUUGAGUUAGGCACACGGGACCAACAGAUCAAAUUUCUCGAGUCAGCAACUUGUACUGAUGUGCGGUACGGCGAGUCGGUUGGACGCGAUAGUAUCCUCAAGCAUUGGGUAAAUCUCGCGCUUUUACUUCGUGACUCGGCGCCCAUAUUGCUGGAGCACUGCGAAUCCAGUGUGGGCUUCUUGGAACAAGACGUUGCUGUUGGGUACAUGAGUGCGUUGCUCGUCAUUCGACUGACAACUCGGAGCUUAGCUACUGCCUUCCCGCUCACUCUCAGCAGCACACGAUUGCGCGACAAAAUGCUGCAAAAUCCGACGUUUGGGCUGCCGAUGACUACAGUGUUUCAAUUCGACGAGCAGGGCAAAAUCUGCCGAUAUGAUCCCACCAUCGACCUCGUGACGGGUCUCUAUGCGGUGAUUCGGGACUACCGAGACGUGGCGAGCAUCCUGGAAUCGGCCAAUAUCGACGCCUCGGGGGAAAUUCGUGGACUCGGACUUGAUUUUUAUUGUGGAGUUGAGGCGAGUCUGGUGGACAAACACUCGGUGGCUUUUCUCCUUGCGAGUGGCGAAGACACGCGACAAACUGACACUGGUGGACAAACCGCGACCCGAGUUGCUGGCGUUUGA